AUAUUAUCUAUCGACUGUAGACAAAUGUAGUGCAUGAAAAUCAUAAUGGGAGUGAGCAAGAUGCACAUAAUCCGCAGAUGAGAUUUUGUUAGGAUAUGGAAGAUUAAUCUGUCAUGAUGUUCAUAACUCACGAACAAGCAGAUUGUGGAGUUAACUAAUAGUGGUCGCACAACAAAGUUGUCGAUGAAUUUCCUUUUCUCUGAUCUACUUUGGCUUUCUAAUAGUCGCUGCUCUAUCGUCAUCACAUCAGAUAAGUAACGUAUAGUUCACUCAAACUAUGUUGGAUAGAGCUAGCACUGUUUCGUUUUGACUUGUUGCUAAGUAGUCCAAAAUAAGCUGCAAAUAGUUAUUCGAAAAAACACCAUUUGGUCCAUUCUAAAUAUCAAUCUAAUCAAACAGUGAAUUUUUUAAAACUAAUGAAGGAGUCUUAUCGCUUUAUUUUGAUGCGCAGGACAGACAAAAAAAUGUGUUCGCAUUCAUACGCGACUAUUUACAAGAGAUUCAGAAAAUCUUCUUAAUUCAUGAUGAAAUUGUAAAUAGGCCUCACGAUAGGUUUUAGAAUUUGUCUUGUAUUUCGAACAUUUAUAUGAGAGUAUAGUUAGAAUCAUUCUUAAUUCGACGAUUAACACGACUUUGAUAUAGUGGUACAGCAAAAACGUCACCAAAGCUGUUAUCACAUAUUGCUCGUUCUUACAUGAAGUCUAUCAAUCUUACAACCACAGCUAAACUAAAACAUUUUACAUAACGGCGUGAUGGUAUUUCGUAACAGAAGCAGAGAGUGUGUCGAUGAUUUUAUAGUGAGAAAUUAGCACUGAGAAGCAAAGGGCGAUUUCACAACAUCCCAGCUUUAGUCUUACAUCUCGAAACCAUUUCUACUUUCAUCCCGCUCAUGCAGGGGAUUUCCUGACUUGUCGAUCUUUGCCAAGUUCGACGUCUACAACCAAUCUCAAACCGUACUUCGAGCUGUGUACCUCUGUGAAACAGACUGUAGCGUUUCGUUCAACUAAGUUUCAGUGACACAACUCUACCCAUUACAGUUCCACAUCAUGCCAAUGCUUAUGAAAGCCAAAAGUGGUUAUUCACUAAAAAUGAAACAAAUCGGAGUUUUAAGACUCCUUCUUAUUUCAACUAGUGAUGGCAUAACCUGAAGGGCACUGAGAGACAGAAAAGGCUAACUUUACUGAUACGUUAUCCGAUCAUUUAGUUUUAUAAUUGAAUGUAAAUGAGCUUUCUCAUAUGAUGACACGAGGAAAACGAUAAAACACUCACAAACGCAUCAGACACCUCUGUAGCAUGCUCAUUUCUACAUAUUUUCAGCUAAUAGAAAGAUUCUUUCAUUUAUAGUGUCCAACAACACCUUCGUUACUGCACUUACUUAUGCAACAGGCGCUUAUCCACAAUCAGUGGCAGUCGUCGAUGUCAAUAAUGACAACAAACCCGAUAUAGUCACCGCUAACUAUUAUGGACAGAAUGUCAGUGUUCUUCUUAAUACAGGUAAUGGGACAUUUUCUGCUCAAACUACUUAUGCAACUGGCACUAAUCCAUCCUCAGUGGCAGUCGUCGAUGUCAAUAAUGAUAACAAAUCCGAUAUAGUCACCGCUAACUUUGGCGCAAAUACUGUCAGCGUUCUUCUUAAUACUGGCAAUGGAACCUUUUCUGCUCAAACUACUUAUGCAACUGGCAGCACUCCAUCCGCAGUGGCAGUCGUGGAUGUCAAUAAUGACAACAAAUCCGAUAUAGUCACUGCUAACUCUGGUACAAGUACUAUCAGUGUUCUUUUUAAUACAGGUACUGGGACCUUUUCUGCUCCAACUACUUAUGCAACUGGCAGUGGUCCACUAUCAGUGGCCGUCGUCGAUGUCAAUAAUGACAACAGACCCGAUAUAGUCACCGCUAACAACGGUGAAAGUACUGUCAGUGUUCUUUUUAAUACUGGCAAUGGGACCUUUUCUUCUCAAACUAGUUAUGCAACUGGCAGUUAUUCACGAUCAGUGGCAGUCGUUGAUGUCAAUAAUGACACCAAACCCGAUAUAGUCACCGCUAACUAUGGUGAAAACAAUGUUAGUGUUCUUCUUAAUACUGGCAAUGGAACCUUUUCUUCUCGAACUACUUAUGCAACUGGCAGUGGCCCAUACUCAGUGGUAGUGGUCGAUGUCAAUAAUGACAAGAGACCCGAUAUAGUCAACGGUAACGGAGGUGGAAGUACUGUCAGUGUUCUUCUUAAUACUGGCGAUGGGACCUUUUCUGCUCAAAUUACUUAUGCAACUGGCACCAAUCCACGAUCAGUGGCAGUGGCCGAUGUCAAUAAUGACAACAAACCCGAUAUAGUCACGGCUAACUAUGGUGCAAACAAUGUCGGCGUUAGCGUACAAUGCUAA